UAUCUUCUGAUUGAAAUGGAGCCGUUGUGUGUGCAUAACGUGUGCAUCUGAUUACGUCUCCUACUUCUCGCAAACCCCUGCGGCAAAAAGAGCGCGAAACUCCACUAACGAUGCCGGAGCUUCCAGAGGUGGAAGCUGCUCGAAGAGCCAUUGAAGAAAACUGUCUCGGAAAGAAGAUUAAACGGUCGGUUGUUGCCGAUGAUGCCAAAGUCAUCGACGGCAUUUCACCUUCUGACUUUGAAGCCUCUCUCACCGGAAAGACAAUCGUCGCCGCACACCGUAAAGGGAAGAAUAUGUGGAUCCAGCUCGAUUCUCCUCCUUUUCCGUCCUUCCAGUUUGGAAUGGCUGGUGCCAUAUAUAUCAAAGGCGUUGCUGUUACAAAGUAUAAAAGGUCUGCAGUCAAUGAUGAUGAUGAAUGGCCUUCAAAAUAUUCCAAGUUAUUUAUAGAACUAGAUGAUGGUUUGGAGCUAUCUUUCACUGACAAGAGGAGAUUUGCAAAAGUCCGCUUACUUCAAAAUCCUGCUUCUGCACCCCCAAUAUCUGAACUUGGUCCCGAUGCACUAUUGGAGCCAAUGACAGAAGAGGAGCUCUUUAAAUCACUAAGCAAGAAGAAGAUUGGCAUCAAGGCUCUCAUACUUGAUCAGAGCUUUAUCUCGGGUGUUGGUAAUUGGAUUGCAGAUGAAGUGCUAUACCAGGCGAGAAUCCAUCCACUACAGAGUGCUGCCACCAUUUCAAAAGAACAGUGUGGAGCAUUGCACAAAUCCCUCAAAGAGGUUAUUCGGCAUUCGGUCAAAGUCAAUGCCGAUAGCAGUCGUUUUCCUGUUGAUUGGUUGUUUCAUUCUAGAUGGGGCAAAAAACCUGGGAAUCUAAAUGGAGCUGUUGAAGUUGGGGCUGAUAGUAGUCAGUUUCCUAGUAACUGGAUUUUCCAUAACCGAGAAAAGAAGCCUGGGAAGGCUUUUGUUGAUGGAAAGAAGAUUGAGUAUAUUAGUGCUGGAGGCAGGACUAGUGCAUAUGUACCUGAGUUGCAAAAGCUAAGUGGAGAGCAAGCAGGUAAAGAAGUGGUGCAAGGAAAGAAUAAGUCUAGUAAAAAGAGCAGAGAUGAAAGUGAGGAUGAAGAAAAUGUGAAGAAUGUGAAAGGGAAAGGUGGGAAGAAAAGAAGUGAAAGUGGAGGUAAGAAGAAGACUCCUGUGAAACGCAAGUCCAGUAGUAGUGAUAAUGAUGAUGAUGGUGAUGAGGAAGAGGAGGAGAAAGAUGAAGUGGAGGAAACAAAUGAUGAUAAACGUGCUAAGGAAAAGAAGCAAAAGGGGGGAAAGGCUGGAAAUAAGAAGCCUCCUGCAAAGAAAAAGUCACCAGAGAGUGGUGAUGAGUUUGAGGAGGAAGAAGAAGAGAAAAAGGUUCAAGUGAAGGGAAAAAAGGGGGUAGCUAAGAAAGUGCCGACAGGUAGGCAGGCCAAGAAGAGGGUAAAAUAGUCUUUUGAUUGACAGUUUGGGUUUCUAGUUUUUGAACCUGUGUUUUUGUAACCAUUGUUUUUGCAGCCAACUAACCACUUGUAACCUUCUUUUAUGUAAUUCUGGCUGUUUGUUGAAAGAGGUUGUUGCUGUACUAAUCUCUGUUUUGGAUAUGUAGGUAG